GAGGCAGAACACUUCCGUCUAUCGUUCGAUGUUUUGAAUGUCCUAGAGAAGUAUGGCACCCAUAUCGGAUUGUCAGAUACCACUACACCCACAGGCCAUGCCUCAUGGAGCGGAAAACUCCGGUUCUUGCCCCAUGUCUAUCAUCACAUCUCGAGAUCUUCACCGGUCCAGCUCACGAUGCCAGCUUUCCCAUGCAAGAGUCUGAACCGCGAGAACAAAGUCCUAGGCCAUCUCCCAGACCUUGGAGAAGAACUUGCUCUUCGCCGUUUAAAUGCAAUGGCCAAGGAUGUCAAGAAGAUCUAUGAGUUCGGGGCCAUGGUUAACAUCGCCUCUGACGGAGUUCUAUUCAACGAUGUCCUUGGUAUCAGCGAUCAAGAUUGUUGGGACUAUGGAGUCGAGCUUCAAGCUAUCAUCAAAGAGAAAGAACUAGAACACAUCAGGUUCAGGCCUUGCAUGAGUGUGCUUGGCUUCAUCUGCGACGAUGGCUUAACGGAGAAAGCAUUCCUCGACACGGCACAUCUGUGCCGUGAGGAGCUCGAAACACGUUUCGCUCCAACAGAGCAACACCUUACAGAGCUAAUCAAGAGCGACAAGGAUACAAUGCUGACCUACUGCGGCAUGGUCAAGUUUUUACAAUCCGAGAUGGAGACGAGUGUGUCGCUCAAAGGGCUAGGAAGCAGUGCCAGAAUUAGACUAUACAAGAAGACGGCAAAGAAGAUGAUGAGACGAUCCGAAGCGUUCACAGGCGCCAUUCGGGCCCUGUUUCCUCACCACGUCCGCCUAUCGAUGCAUCCAUCCUCAGGUGCUUCCAAGCUUUCCAUAGCAUUGAUCCCGGGGGCAGAUGGCGGAUUCCAGAAGUCGCCUUGGCACAGUUGCAUUGCCGUGAAAUCAAACGGUCAACCAGCUUGUGUCCACUCUGAGGAAGUCAGGGACACUCAUGACCUCAUUCUGAAAGAUGGACGUCCGUACUUUUUU